CUUUCCCUUCAUCUACCUUAUGGUACUUUGAUUCAUUUUGCCAUAAGAAGUUUUUGUCUUUAUAGGAAUGUUUCUAUAUAUUUCCUCAAUCACAAUCAUCAAUAUAUAGAAGAGAAAAACCUCAACCAACCAUAACAAAAUACCAAAACCCCAUUUACAUAACAACCUUCAAAAAAAUUUCAAUUCAUAAUCAACUAUAGCAAUUAAUUAUCAUAUUUUUCUUUCUCAUAAACCUUCAAAAUUCAAAAUAUUUUAACAAACAAAAAUGGAGUUAACUUAUAGUAUUAACCCCACUCCCACCCCUUCCUCCACCAAAACCCCAGAUUCAGAAGUUGAUACCCCGCCUUUAAUUAAGCCUUUGUCUUUCACCAACGGCAAUAAUCACCACAGUCAUCACAACCAAUCGCCGCCGUGCACGGCGGUGAUUUAUAAGGAGUGUUUGAAGAAUCAUGCAGCAAGUAUAGGCGGACACGCCGUAGACGGUUGCGGUGAGUUUAUGCCUUCGCCGGAGUCCACCCCAUCAGAUCCCAUUUCACUGAAAUGCGCCGCUUGUGGUUGCCACCGCAACUUCCACCGCCGUGAACCGUCGGACGAUUCAUCACCGCCGGCUCAUUUCAUCGAUUUCCGCCGCCAUAUUUUUCCCCCAAUUAAGCGAUUCUCUCCAUCUCCAACUCCGUCUCCGUCUCUGUCUCCGUCCCUAUCUCCACCACCGCUGCCCUCUCUGUUCCAACCCCAACCCGUUACACCUACAGGUUUUUUAAAAUCAGAAAACCCAAAUGGUAGAAAACGAUUUAGGACCAAAUUUACAGCAGAACAGAAAGAGAAAAUGCAUUCAUUUUCGGAGAAAUUGGGUUGGAAAUUGCAGAAAUGCGAUGAAGCUGCUGUUGAUGAAUUUUGCAAUGAAAUUGGAGUUGGAAAAGGUGUUCUUCGAGUUUGGAUGCACAAUAACAAAAACACUUUUGGAAAAAAAGAUUACCAAAUUUCGAAUAACAGUAGUAGAGAUCAUAGUUUCGAGAACAAAAAUGGAUUCAAUAUCAAUGGCACCGCAAGCAGCAACGAAGAAGAAGAUCAACACAGAAAUAACAACAAUGAUAAUAGCACUACUAGUAAUUGUGAGCUUCAUCUUCAUAUUUCCACUAAUGGGUCUUCUUCUUCAUCUUAAUCAUUUUGUAAUUCAUUAUCACUACGACAAUGAAAUAAUAAGGAUAUAUUAGAAGCUAAAUGUAACUCUCUUUUCUAAAUUUUAUUACACUACUAAAUAUGUUAUUAUAGUUAAUUAUUAAAUUUAGCAUU